AAAAGCUUUUAGACCAAAGUCACGACGAGUUGGACAUGGCAGCGUGCGGAGAAAACGUCGGAAAAGAGAGGAAAAACAUGGAUUCUGCGUGCCGAGCCUCCAGAGAGGGGAGGGUUCCAUGCCCUCACAAGGACUGCUUGGGUAAUGGCGAGUUUUACGUGAGCGGUGCGGGUCUGGACGUCCACUAUCGUGCGAGGCAUGGCAGCAAACCGGACGGAAACACCGAGAAGGCUGCAGAGAAAAUGCUCCACCGGCUUUGUUUCGCCGAAAUGAAAGAGAAACUCCUGGAAAUCGAGGCGAGUGAGCAAGCAGGUGAGGAGUAUACUGUGACAAGCGUGGCACUAACUGCAAAAAUCACAGCUACAAGACCCGAACAAGCUGCAAAAAAGGCAGGUAUAAUUCUUCAUGCUGGAGGCUUCCUUCACUCCUUCUCCAGUGCGCAGCCACCGUACCCUGUCAGUGUCCAGGGGAAAAACAAGGAGGUACACUAUGACCUCUGGUACAUUUUAAAGGUGCAAGACAACAUGAGGUUCCCCGCCAUUUUCUGCAAACCUACCUAUGUGAAAAUGUCACUGGAAAAGCAUCAGUCCCAGGAUGCUACCGCCAACAAUUCUACCUGCCUACCUAUCGGAGAAACAGACAUUGAGGACCCUUUGGAGGAAUGCCUCAACAAGGUGUUCAAUCUGCAAUCUUUCCGUCCAGGACAGAAAGAUAUCAUCAAUGCAAUACACACCGGGGAAAACACUUUUCUGGUUAUGCCGACAGGGGGUGGGAAGACACUCUGCUUCACACUACCAGCCCUCCUAAGGAAAGGUGUAGCAGUGGUGAUCGUUCCCUUGCUUGCCCUUGGAACAGACAUUCUGAGAAGGUAUGAAGAGAAAAGGAUACCAGCAGUCUUUCUAUCACAUCUAACUGCAGAGGUGACCCUCAACACUGUCAUCCAUGACCUCAACAGCAACACUCCAAAAACAAAACUGCUCAUAAUAACACCGGAAAGUCUUGUCAACAAGCCAGUGGUGUGGGGCUGUGUGGUAGGACUGAAAGAAAGGGGUCUUCUGGAGAUGGUGGUCGUGGAUGAGGCCCACUGCAUGGAUCAAAUGGGUCAUGAGUUUCGGCCCACUUAUCUACAACUUUCCAAACUUGCAGAACUCAAAACACAGAUCGUUGCUUGUACAGCCACAGCCACCCCAACAACAAAGCAGUUCAUCAUGACACACCUUCAGAUGGGGGAAUGCCGUACAUUUCAUAACUCGGUGGACAGAAGAAACAUCCAGUAUAGUGUAAGGUUAAAGGGAAAGACAAGGGAAGCUUGCCAUGGGCAGGUGUGUGAAGUUGUGUUGGAUCACAAGGAACAGUGUGGCAUUGUCUAUUGCCAGACAGUAAGUGAUGUUAAGGACAUACACUAUCACCUGCAAGAAAAUGGUAUAAAAACAGUUAAAUACCAUGGCACAGGCACAGGACAGAAUGAGCAGGAGGGGAGACAAAGUCUGUUGGACUGGCAAAGAGGCCUCAAGGAUGUACUUGUAGCAACAAAAGCUGCAGGGGCAGGGAUUGACAAACCGGAUGUAAGGUUUGUAGUUCACCUUGGAUGUCCAUCCUCUGUCCCAGAUUACUUGCAGGAGUCAGGUCGUGCCGGGCGUGAUGGAAGGCUGGCAGAAGCAAUCCUGUUCUAUAGCCCAAAAGACAAGGCUUUACAUGUCACAAGGAUAGGAGCCAUAGAAGAGGAAACAUACAGAGCCGGAGCUGUCAGAAGACUCGCUGAUGUUAUCAACUUCUGUGAAACAGAACUGUGCCGAAGAAAGGUUUUGUUAGAGGCGUUUGGGGAAGACACAACAUCAUACAAUUGCAACAAAACAUGUGACAAUUGCCUCAGUCUAACUGUGGCAAGAGAGGUUGUCCUGACCACAGAAGCUGCCAAUAUGGUGAGAUGCGUAUCUGCAAUCCGGCAUACUGUACCACAGCCCUCUUCAUCUCUACUGGCUAGAGUAUUCCUUGGACUGGGGACUGGGCAAGCGGUGAAAAAACAAAAGUUGGAUGAACUACCCGAGUUUGGUCUGGGGAAAAACUCUGGUUUCAACUUGAAAAUUUGCGAGAGAUUUAUACGCGCAAUGACUAGAGCAGAGAUUCUAGAAGAGGUGCUAGUGCCUAAGAGUACCACUCAAAAGUUUGCCUCUCUGCAUAUCCUCCCAGGGAGGAUGGCAGAGUCCACUAUUCGAAAUGAAGUACAUGUUACGUUAUUCAUAAGGUGAUUUUUUAUGUAUAUAUAUGUAUAUAUAGUCGUCCUAUGUAAGCUACUGAGGGCUGGAUGAGAGUUUAUACAUAUAUACAUGUAGGUCUGUCUUUUUCAAAGGGUAUCAAUCGUUCAAUUGCUACGAUUAUUGCUUUUCAUUGUAAACUUUUAUGUGUAUUAAAGUAUA